UCUUCUUUAUCACUUUUUUGGCUGAAUUUCUUAUAAUUGUGAAUUAAACAAGAUGGAUUGCACAAAAUAAUAUUUCGUCAUAUAUUCUGUAGACUCGCUCGAAGCCAAUUUUUCUAGGAUCAAUUCUUACAAUUAGUUAUUUAAUUGAUCUUUUGAUCCUCAAAUCUUCGUAGUCGAUGCUGCCUGUUCUUUCGUUUCCGAAGAUUCACUUAUUAUUUCUGUUUUAUUUAGGAUGACAGCUGACUUCUCAUCGAGCAUCAAUGUUGAUCGUCUAGAAGAUUCUUGAUAAAUAAUCGAAGGCCCGACAACAUUUUUUCCAUCUUCGUGACCAAACACGUCCCAACGAACUAAUUCCCACAACUUCGAUCUGUACAUCUUGAUCCUUUCACGAAUUCGUUGAAGACGAACUGAUGGUUGAUCGACUAUCAAAAUACUCUUCCUUUCCAGAAUUUCAAACUAUCUUCUUUAAGAGCAUCCAGCACUUGUGGCGACAUCUUCAGUUAACUCUAUCGAAACUCUUGGACAAUUAUUACGAUGUUUUACCAACCGAGUGGGACAUGUUGGUCAUCCACGUUACAUGCGAGGUUAGAUUUGGCACUCGAUGGCUGAUCAAAGUGUAUCAGCUACGUUUCUUUAAAGUGACAAAUUAAAUGAUAUAAAAACAGAAAAAUGUCUAGCGUGGAUUGGGAAGAAGUUAAAAGGCUGGCCGCCGAUUUCCAGAAGGCACAGCUCAGCUCCACUUUACAAAAACUUUCUGAACGAAAUUGUGUAGAGAUUAUAACAACAUUGAUAGAAAACAAGCUUUUGGAUGUUAUAUUUACCAAUGAUGGUAAAGAAUACGUAACUCCCCAGCAUCUUGGAAAAGAAAUCAAAGAUGAACUGUACGUUCAUGGUGGAAAAGUUAGUUUAGUCGACCUAGCACAAAUUCUUAAUGUUAAUUUAUCACAAGUAACUAAAGUAGUAACGGAAAUUGAAAAACACAAUAAAGGAUUGAAAGUAAUAUUGGGACAACUGAUUGAUAGGAGUUACAUAAAUAAAAUUGCAGAAGAAAUCAAUGACAAACUCGUACAACAUGGUUGCAUUAAUGUGGCCGAAUUAACACUUACUUAUAAUUUACCAGCUGAAUUCUUACAAUCAGUUAUCGAAAAAGAACUGGGAAAGAUAAUACACGCCACACAAGAUUAUCAAGAUUCUAAGAUUUUUUAUACUGAAAGCUUUAUCGCUAAAAAUAGGGCAAAAAUUAGAGGUGCUUUGUCUGCUGUUACAAAACCUACACCACUAUCUGCAAUAUUAGGUCAAUGUGGUGUUCCAGAAAGGAUAUUUUUCUCUAUUUUGGAUGGUUUGCAAGAAGUAAAACAGGUGCCUGGAGUUGUAACUGGGAAACAGAGUGGAAAUAGCAUUUACAUACCCACUAUAUAUUCUAAAAGUCAGAAUGAAUGGGUUGAAAACUUUUAUAAGCAGAAUGGAUAUUUAGAAUAUGAUGCGCUUACAAGACUUGGGAUAUCAGACCCAACAGGAUUUAUAAAACGUCAUUUUCCAAACGAGAACAUGAUUUAUUUAAAAUCAGUAGCUGCAGGAACAACAGUAAUGGAUCAAGUUGAUGCUAAUAUCGAAGAAAUCGUUGCGACCGAGUCUUUCGUUGACCUGUAUCCUCUUUUACCAUCUGUAUUUAGCGACGAGGAUGCGGAAAUUCUUCUAAAAUUAGCUACAAAGAAGACAAAGACCAAUGUGCACAUAUUUGCAAAAACAGUUGCAGUUUCUGAUGCAUUCUUACAGAUUUUAACUAAAUCUCUUGAAACAGUAGCAGAACAAAAGGCUCGAGAAGUGGUAGCUAAUGGAAAAUGGAUUCAAUCAAUUGCUGAAAAUAAAUUAAAAUCAAAAUCUGCGGAUCUAAUAAUUGAGAACAAAAUGAAUAAAAAGGAACGAAGAAAAAAGGCAGUUGUUGGAAAAGUAGGUGGCGGUAGCCAAGGCAGGGAAACCAGGACAAAGUCUACGAAGAAGAAGUAUCUUCAUGGAAGAAUACAAGAAAAUGAAUCCGAUGAAGAUGAGACGAGGCAAACAUCAUCGGUAGGAAAAGGCGAGAUUAUAUUAAUAGCCCUGGAAGAAGUGAAAACUAUAGUUAUGAAAGAUGAGAACAUAUCCGUAAUAGAAGAAUUGGCGGAUGAAUUAGCGCAUCACCUACAACCAAAAGUGAAUAAAUCUGCGUUAUCGUUGGCAGAGCAAUUUGCGCAAUCCAGUAAGACCACGAAUCUAAGCGAGAUUAGCGAACGCUUAAAUGUUCUAAUAACGAAUAUUCGAAUAUUCGACAAGGGCAUUAAACACUUGGAUAAAGGAGAUCAAGCCCCACUGACCAAAUAUUUGCUCAAAUCGCUAGGUCUCGAUUUCGUGACGAGUCUAUUCAAAUUGGCUGCUCAACAGAAUAUGUUACAAGUGCCAGAAAAUCUUACGACAGAGACGAGACAAAGACUUUUGCUCGAAUUGCCUGCUGACGUUAAAGAACCAUUAACCACUAUUCACAAAGCAGUAAUGGGAGAUUCCGUGGAAGAUUUUUUGAAUACUGUUGAUGGGGCGUUGGCAGCUUGCUGUUUGGUCCUGAAGAAGUAUGACAAGAAAAAGCGACCGCAAGUGCACGCUCACAGAGAAGCUCUGUUGGAAGAACUAAACACCACGCAAGAUCCCGCGUUAGCAUUGCACCUAGUUACUAGUGUGCUCUUCACUGCUGUCACACAAAAUGCCUUACACAUGUCUGGCAGACAUGUAACAACUGUUCUCGCAUUUCUCCAGAAGCAAUUAGAGCAUGAUACAAUAUUGAUUCUUUCCAAAUACCAUGAUUUAGUACUCGACUUACUAAGCACUUCUGACGAAAAUAUAAAAAUGGAGGCUUCCAGAGCCUUGGAAGAAGGAUUAACAGAUAUAAAAAGUAUUGCCAAUAAUUUCAAGCAACAUGUGAAAACAGACAAGUCUUAGAGAGAGAUUAUGGCCGAUUGUAUAUAUAAAUAAUAUAAAAUAAUUUAGAUUCAUUAAAACUUAUACUGAUCUUAUACUGACAUUUGUAUAACAUAAUUAUAUAUAUAUAUAUAAUAAUGUAUUUUAUGACAAAAUAUAGAGAACAUAUAUUAGCAAUUUAAAAAAGUCAAUCUUACACAAA